AUGUCUUCCAACGACCGACACUCGCCCCCUCUUCACUCGCCCGAUGUCCGCCGACGGGCCUCCAUCACGAGCCAGACGUUCCAUGACCUCUUUGGCCGCUCAAACAGCAUUGCCAGUCUGCCCGUGGGCGGACAGUCGUCGGGUCCCAUCGCCACAGCUGCUGCCAAUGCCCAGCGCCGACGGCUCUCGCUGACGACCAUCGGCCUGGGAGCCUCGCCUGGUCAAACCUCGCCCUUCCUCCAGACCCCGCGGACCCGCACCGAGAGCAUCUCCAGCGCCAACUCUGGAUCCGUCGAUGAGAGCCCCUUCGAGGACGACUUCGGGCCUUCCGCCACGGCCAGCAACCCCGCAACGCCGUUUGCUCGUCGGCUGAGCUUUGGGGCUCGUGCAAUGCGGGACAUUAGGCAGAGCAACGGAGGUGUCGGGAACCCAAAUGGUAGACCACCCGUCCAUAAAGCUUCCUCUCCCCCGACUGGUCGAGGUCGAGGUCUGUCUUCAUUGUCGCAGUCAUUGCCCUCUUCUUCUUCCCUGCUCCGCCCCUUUACCCAAUCCCACUCGCGGCGUUCUACUUCCAUCUCGCACAUUUGGCCCUCCACCAUUGCGGAACACUCCGAGUCCGUGCUUGGAAACUACUCGCUAACGCCGUCUUCCACAGGCGAAGGUUACAAUUUCGCUGAGAACCUCCGAUCACGAGCCGAGCGGGGUUCCAUCUCCGGCCCCUCUUCGACUCUGGGUCCCGCUGGCCCGACACACCAUCGUGCAAAGAGCGUUACCAUUAUGGAGCCCCCGGCCCGCGAGAUGCCCAAGCCAAAGGUCCCCGAUGCCAUGCAAGAGCGGAUCCUCAAGGGUGAUUUCUACAUGGACUAG